GUGGAUGACGCAGUCACGAGCUUUAUCCACAGCAUGGGCAACACGGGCAUUCUUUCGAGGCAGACAGAGGCCUACCUUGCGCACAUCGUGCAGAAGGGCGUGAGCCAUGAGAAGGCAGUCAACGAGAGGCAGGCCGAGCUGCAGCGCGUUUUGACACCCGCAGACAUCGUGGAGAUGCAGCUGCUGCUGAGCAAUGUGAGCAUGGCGCGCGGCCUCAUGGUGCAGUACAACCUGCGGCUGGUGAUCAGCAUCGCCAAGCACUAUGUGGGGCGGGGGGUGGAGCUGCAGGACCUGAUCCAGGAGGGCAUCCUGGGCCUCAUGCGCGCCGUGGACAAGUUUGAAGGCAGCAAGGGCUUCAAGUUCUCCACCUACGCCCACUGGUGGAUCCGCCAGGCGGUGAGCAGGUGCGUGUCGGAGCAGUCGCGUGUGGUGCGGCUGCCGCAGCACAUCAUGGAGGCCGUCAAGCGCAUCAACCAAGUUCGCACUGAGCUGGCCUCCAAGGAAGACUUUGGCCGCCACAUCUCCAACGAGGAGGUCGCCGCCUCGCUGGACGCGCCGGCCACGGUGGGCGGCAGCUACAAGGACAGCUCAGAGGACUUCAUGCUGGGGGACGAGAUUGAUGCAGAGGAGGUGGAGGGCGCCGAGGAGAGCCUCUCCGCGCGCCUGAGCAGCCGCAUGAAGGACGAUGUGCUGCAGCACGACAUCAACACCGUCCUCUUCACCCUCCCAGCCCGCGAGCGGAACGUGAUACGGAUGCGUUACGGGCUGCACCGGCAGGACGGGCGCGGCAUGACGCUGCAGGACCUGAGCGCAGCGUACGGCCUGACCAAGGAGCGCAUCCGCCAGCUGGAGGAGUCCGCGCUGCACAAGCUGCGCCGCCAUAAGUCCGUGCUCACCGCCCACCUCCCCCUGCCCUCCCCGGCCUAG